CUUUUAGUCAGAGAUAGUUAUUCUCAAUGUUAUUAGUCUUGUUGAGUUAGUCUAUUAAUAUGAUAAAGCUCUCUCUAUUCUCCGACCCCGGCCUGCUAAAGAGUAAAGGCGUAUGUAAUUAUGUCUCUAUUGAUUCCUCAUCCGCAACACAAAUAUCAACAAUACGGCGUUCUCCUUUUCUUCUACCUCUUUUGGUUGUUGUAGAGUACAAACGAUCUCUUCUCAUGUAUUCCAUUUAAGCCCAAAUUAAGUUUACAUACAUUUAAUUUAAUUACCCUUCCUGGCUUUUUCCUUCCAUAUGUAUACAAUAUGGCUUUCUUUUACUGGAUCAUUGAAAACAUUAUACGUGGUACUAGUAUUAGCUUUCCCGAAUUCUGUCGUCGUUUUUUCUUUGAUUAUCAGUUUAUUUGGGACUUUGGGAUGUGUGGUUUUUGGGGUUUGAAUGAAUAAUCUGAUCUUGAAAGCCUCUGCAAACUGGAUAUUGAUCUACACCGACGAGAGAGUUUCUGUCUUAUUAUCCCUAUAGAGAGGGAAUUUGUUUAUUAGGAGGAACUGUUCUAGAGAAUCCAUUAAUGGCGGAGGAUGAUAGAUCAAUAACUGAUCUUAAUGAAAGAUAUGUUAAUAACGAGGAGGCUUCCACCAGUUAUUGUAAAGAUUAUUUUACUAAUAAUAGUAACAUCGUCCAAGAAGAUGAUGAUCAUAAAGACUGGCUUCAGUUGACCGUCGGCGGCGGAGGAAACAGCUCAGCCACCGUGAACCACGACGGUCGUGAUCAUGAGGAGCAUGGUAGGACUCGCUUAGGACCCGUGGAGCUGGAUCUACUGCCGUCGGGAAGACCAACUGGGGGUUAUGUUAGUACUGCGGCGGAGCUCCGGCAUCCGCAGUCUAUUCCGCCGCCAUCCGCCGUGGGGUAUUAUAGUUCCACGUUGUCUAAUUAUAAUAACAUCUUGCAACAUCCGCCGUGGGCUUUUAGGCCCGUCAUGGCUACUCCGCCACAGGGGCAUCCAGUAGCGGGAUCGUCGUCCUCGUCGCCGUUUUUAUACGCGCCGCCGGUGACGGGUUCCCGGUUCGUUCCUCGGCCGGCUGCAUUUCCGCUAGUCUACGCCGGCGCCGGAGUAGUUUUCCCGGGCUUUGAUUGUAGAGUGAUUGAUCCUCCGCGGCGACAACAUUCCGGUAUAUGGUUUUCGCUACAAGCAUCUCAAAAUCAAAGAAAAGAACCUUAUUUGCGGCAGAUAUCCAAAAAAUACAUAAGAAUCAAAGAUGGAAGAAUGACAGUCCUAUUUGUGCUAAAGUACCUGGUCAAUAAGCUCCAUCUAGAAAACGAAUCCGAGAUAGAGAUAACAUGUAGAGGGCAAGAGCUGCCACCAUCCUUAACAUUGCAACAUGUAAGAGAUGAGAUAUGGAUGAGAAAUUAUCCACAAUAUGAGAAUGACCAUUCACAUGCACAUAUUUUACAUCCAAACCUCUUAACUUUUGUUCCUACUAGUCAUCAUGUUAUGGUGCUACUCUAUGGUCGAAAAUAACCAAAUGCUUAAUUAGUUAUAACUUAAUUGUCACAAUUACAUAGAUAUUGUUUAUAAUUUUAAAAAUAACUAUUACCAUCAUCAUUAUUUUUAUUGUAAUAAUA